AUGGCUCUGCUUUGUAUGGACAUGGUGGGGGAUUUUUGACAGCGGCAGCGCUGCUGGGAAACAAACAAGGACGUGGUGGUCGGGGGGACUAUUAUUUCCCUCCUCGCUCCUCUCCACGAUCUCACACCGAUCCGUUUUUCCAGCCAGCGAGAUUUCUCCGAGGAUAUGGCGGCUUCGGAUUGGGCUGUCUAUUGUAAGUCUGAUGAGUGAGAGUGCCGGCAGCAGCCCGCUCCUCCACCACGAUGGUCGACAUGGAGAGCCACUACCAUCCCCCUUCGCCUCUGGAGGACUCAGUGCUGGGCAGCCCCUUGUGCGGCAAUGAUGACUUCAUGGGCGGCAUCCAGGAGCUCCAGGACAUCUCCCAGUCCAUCGACAACGACGCUCUCAGCUCCUUUGAUGUCCCUGAGUACCAGUCCUCCAGCAACGGCUCUGAAGGUUCCACUGUUCUAGAUGCCCUGACGCCAGCAUCUAGCCCGUCGUCUGUUGUUUACGGGUUGGCAGCAAGCCAGGAGGACUUCUCAUCUGCUUCCUCAUCGCUUAAUCUGGAGUGUCGAGUUUGUGCUGACCGCGCCUCGGGCUACCACUACGGAGUCCAUGCCUGCGAGGGCUGCAAGGGUUUUUUUCGGCGGACCAUCCGUCUGAAGCUGGAGUAUGACAAGUGUGAGCGCCGCUGCAAAAUCCAAAAAAAGAACCGCAACAAGUGCCAAUACUGCCGCUUCCAGAAGUGCCUGUCGGUGGGCAUGUCCCACAACGCCAUCCGUUUUGGUCGGAUGCCCCAAUCAGAGAAGCUAAAACUAAAAGCAGAGAUUAUGACGGGGGACAGGGAUGUGGAAGACCCCCAAGUGGCCGACCAGAAGACGCUGGCCCGGCAGAUUUACGAGGCCUACCUCAAGAACUUCAACAUGAACAAGGCCAAGGCUCGAACCAUUCUCACCGGCAAGACCAGCACCCCUCCUUUCGUCAUCCACGACAUGGAGACCCUCCAACUUGCUGAGCAGACGCUGGUGGCAAAGAUGGUGGGCUCAGCGGGAACAUUGAAGGACAGAGAGGCGGAAGUUCGGAUUUUCCACUGCUGCCAGUGCACGUCGGUGGAAACCGUCACUGAGCUCACAGAGUUUGCCAAGUCCGUCCCCGGGUUCUCGAGCCUGGACCUCAACGAUCAGGUGACUCUUUUGAAAUAUGGUGUCUACGAGGCCCUCUUUGCCAUGCUCGCCUCCAGUAUGAACAAAGACGGGCUUCUUGUAGCGUACGGCUCAGGCUUCAUCACCCGGGAAUUCCUUAAGAGCCUGCGGCGGCCGUUCAGUGACAUGAUGGAGCCAAAGUUCCAGUUUGCAAUGAAGUUUAACACGCUGGAGCUGGAUGACAGUGACCUGGCUCUGUUCGUGGCCGCUAUCAUCUGCUGCGGAGACCGCCCCGGCCUGGUGAACGUGGGGCACAUCGAGCGAAUGCAGGAGAGCAUUGUGCAGGUGCUACAGCACCACCUGCUGGCCAAUCACCCCGACGACUCUUUCCUCUUCCCCAAGCUGCUGCAGAAACUGGCUGACCUCCGUCAACUAGUCACUGAGCACGCACAGCUGGUGCAGGAGAUCAAAAAGACAGAGGACACGUCACUGCACCCACUCCUGCAGGAGAUCUACAGAGACAUGUACUAAAGGGGUUGUGGAGGAAUAACCAGAUAAUGCACUCUACAAACCAUCUCCUUUUUUUCAGGGACAGAAGAAGAAGAGUCCUCCAUAAGCUAGGUUGAACCACUUAAUAAUGCAGCAAGAGUUGGCUCUGGCUUCUGGUCAGCACAAGAGGUCCUGUUAAGGUCCUCUUCUCUUGUUUUGGCACAGUGCUCUUUCACUCCAUUUUAUGGACCUUCAUUGACAGAACAGUCAUGUGUGCAAGGAUGUGAUGUACAGCUGACUGAGCCCCAAUCUAGAUACCAAUCUCUGACCAAACACUUGGAUAAAAACAUGCUAAUCUGGAGUAUUUGAAGUGAUCUCUAUGGUUAUCCCCAUCCCAACCCUUAAAAAAGCCCUAAAAUGAGAGAGAAAGUGAACUUGAUAGUCACCACUCCAGCAGUAUGCUUGAAAGUAGAUUUUUAUAGAGUUGUCAAAGAGCCAUAUAUAGCUUCACUGCUAACAACACCCAAAUGACUUCAGUGGGCAGCGACAGCAGUGAUACACUUUUCAAGCAAGGCAGCUUCUGCCAAACUGGUUGUCAAUAACAGAUGGUGAUGCUUAUUAAUGCAUCAGCUCCCAUAUAUUAUAUUAUAUAUUUCUUCACCUUUUUAAACCCAGAGACACAGAUGUGGUGCCACCAGGCUCCUGAACAUAAUCACUUAUUUGUACUGUAAAACUUCUAAGCCAUACUGUGUUUGCAAUGAUAUUGGAAAUCAUCAGUGUCUUUCAUCUUCCUAAAAAGACAUCACCAAGACUUUUAACAUCACUUAUGACUCAGCAAACUGUACAAGCAAUAGUAUUUUUAAACUUAGGAAUAAGAUCAUAAAAAUCUAAGUUUGUAUGAAAAGUUUUUCAAGACUGAAAUGAUCGCAGGCACACAUGUACCACAGUGCACAUCUGAGGCACAAACACGCUUGUGAUAUGUUGAUAGUGUGACACUAUUUUAUACUGGACCUCUGUUAAAUGCCUUUUUCACAAUGCACAGAUAUUUGGCACUCCAUCCUGUAUUGGGUCCUGGUGUUCAAGGGCUAACGCCAAGAUAAAGCUCAUUACAACCUUAAUACGGGCAGACUAAAAAUGGAUUUACCAGAAAUUAUUUCAUCUGUUUCUUAAUUUCUCACUCAGUGCAGCCCUGUUCUUAUAAAAUUACAUCUCAUUCUAUAUUUUACUCUCAGUCAUGUUAUGUUUCUCCUCCUUCGCCUGCCAGUGUUUCUGCCUUCUGAUGUGUUUCACUGGCUUUUUGUUCGUCAUAACACAUGCAGUUGAUUGAGAUUCAGGGGUCUUAUGUGCACGUUUUUUAUAUGAUUAUGAUUUUCAUAGUGGAAAGUCAUAAUGUGAUUGCCCCUUGCUCUUGCAGUUCCUCUAUAAUUGCCUGGCAAUUUUUGGCGAGUGGAAAAAUCAAGAGACAAAGGCAAACACAAGCAUGUGGCCAUCUGCCAUCUGAUGAUGGAUGAAGACCAAAUGCAUUUCCACAACAUGUUUUUGUCCUCUAUCAUGACAAUAACAUGUGCAUGUGAAUAGGCCACUCCUGUAUUCUGUUGUAUUACUGCGUUUUGUAGAAAAUGAACAUACUACAAUGACAUCAUGCAUGGCUAAGUUUGGAUGAUAUAAAUGUAACACCCCCCAUUAGCUUAUUUGACCAAAAUCACCUAAAAUCAUCAUGAAUUUAUUGAAAUUGAGUCACAAGAAUUGAAUCUUGUGUUUAUGAUGACAUCACAUUGUAUAAACAGAGAGUGCUGUACAUAGCUGAAUUGAUCACCGCGACUGCUCGCCCCGACUUUUAACUCAAGAGGUAUACAAGGUACUAAUGAUGAUCAACUUUGGUAUUCCUCCGUUUGGUAAAUACUUUUACAUGUUUUGAAAUUUUACAGUAAAUGUAGGUAAUGUACUGUAUGUUCUUUUUGCUUAAAUGCCACAUACUUGUGUUUUGAUUGAAUUGGAUCAUAUUUUUAUACUAAAGUAUAUAUGUGCAACUAAAUCGGAUAAUUGUGUAUUUGAAAUGGCACGGUUGAAGAGUGCAGUGUAAAUAGACUUAAGGGUAACAGGGCAACUGGUAAUCUGAAUAUCCGUAGAUCUGAAUCCCAUUGGGGACAUUCCUUUUUGUUGAUUGCUAUUUUUAGAUUGAGCACCAUCAAUGCUGCAGCAUGCAUUCAGUUAAUUUCAACUGUAUUUCUUUUAUUUGUUAAAUUAAGCUCUUAAAGUGAAAGCAUAUGUGGGCUGUGCAGGGCUGUACUAGCUCACAGCUUUUGGUGGUUGAUUAAAACUUGACCUCCGUGACCUUUUUAUCAUUUGAAAAAUCAAGCUACAGCCCGGCACUGAUCACACUAUAUUGGUCUCCUCUUUUUGUACUCCGUUCUCAGGUUGCAUAUUUUUAAAAAAGUGGGUAAUAUAUGCACAGAUUUUCAUCAUUAUUAUCCCAAAUCAUCCAUAAUUGCCUCCUGUUGUUGAACAAACCAACUUUUUUUCUCUGUUGAUUAAAUGGAGAAUGCACUCAUGAUUUGUGUCACAUCACAUGCUAUUACAGUAAAGAUGAUGCAGUAUAAAAAUGCAGUAUGUACUGUUUUAUAAUCAUUUUUUUGUCACAAGUUUUGUCUGACUUUCCUCUCCUCACUCGCUGCUAUAUUGUACUAACUCACCAAACAUUAUGCCAUGAGUAGAUUACUGACCUUCAAGCUGCCUCUACUAUAUCCUCUCACAGAAUGUCAGUUCCAUGUGCAGAAUUCAUUCAACGCAGCUCGGGUUUUCCCCCCUCGCAAAAAUUCUGGGAUUUGUAGUUCCCAAGUACGCGUCGGGAUUAACCGCAAACAAUCUGUGCCUUAGCGUAUGCCCAUGCCAUAAAACACUAGAGAUUCAGAAAAAAAAACUUGACUUGUGCACACACUUUUAAACUGUUUGUGUUGUCAGCUAGACUUAGCUGACACAACAGGGCCACGCAGACAGGAAAUGAUGUCACAGCAGAUUUAGGAAACAAUCCUAUGUGCAGCAAGACAGCGGCUCAAAUGUGCAUUUAACAGUACAGACUAUUAACCAUGAAGGAUCUGCUUGAAAAAAGACAGAAAACACAAAAUGGUUGAAACACUAGAGCCCUCGAGGAGAAGUCGUGUAAAUUUGUGAUGUCUGCUUACCCUUAGGAAUGUCUGUUUUGUGUUGAAUUGACAAGGGACUUUUUAACUUGUAUCAGGGAAACCUAGUCUUCCUUCGUUGAACUAGCUCAGGACCUAGAAAGAUGCUGUUCUUCCUUCUGUUUCUCUUUUUCUCUCUGGAAGGAGAUUAUAGUGCUCUGCCUUACAGCACACCAACACCAACAACAAUAUUGAUUAAUAUUGAUAUGACCUUUUAUUUUUAUUUUCCAAAACUGACAGAAAAAAUGUUACCAGGGGGCAGCAGUCAUAGGAAUUUAGCUAUUUGAUUUAUUUUAUUAUUUUCUUCCUGGAUUUCACGGAGUUUGUUUUUGUGGCUAUAGUGUCAUGCAAAGAGACAUCAGAGACUGUCUUUGGAUGUGUUGUUAAUGUGUACUGUGGCUUGGUAACAAUGCUGUAAAUGUUUGAUGAAUGUAUAUCUAGUCAUUUAAACAAUGGAACAAGUUGAUAUUGAAUGGAUUUCAAAAUAAAAUGAUUUUUAAAUC